AUGUCUUCCUUCAUGCCUUCUGUAAGGGCGCUUUCCAAAGCUGCACUGACAUAUUCGCAAUUCGCCCUCUUUGCCUCAAGCAACACCGUCUCUGGGGGCUCGCCUGAGACAUGCUCUAAUCCACAGAUUAGCUGCCAAAACACCUCUGCUAUAGCGAACACAUGCUGCUUCAAUGCUCCUGGCGGGCAGCUGCUGCAGACUCAGUUUUGGGACGCUGACCCUUCGACUGGACCAGUCGAUUCCUGGACCAUUCACGGCCUCUGGCCGGACCACUGCGACGGAACCUUCGACUCCAAUUGCGAUGCGUCGCGUGCCUACACCAACAUCACCGGCAUCCUAACCGCCGCCGGCCAGACUUCCCUUCUCUCGUACAUGGAUACCUACUGGGUCAGUGACACGGGCACAAACGAGGCUUUCUGGGAGCAUGAAUGGGGAAAACACGGCACAUGUAUCAGUACAUUGGAGCCAGAUUGCUACACGGAUUAUACGCCACAGGAGGAGGUUGUGGACUUCUUCAACCAGGUGGUGACUUUGUUCAAGACAUUGCCGUCCUACACAUGGUUGUCGAACGCGGGCAUUGUGCCGAGCUCGACAACGACGUAUACCUCGGCGGAUAUACUGGCGGCGUUGCAAUCACCAAGAGGUGUGACUGCUGUUAUCCAGUGCGAGAAUACGGAUGAGCUGGACGAAAUAUGGUAUUUUUAUGAUGUCCAAGGAAGCGUGCAGACGGGGACUUUCAUUCCUACUGAUCCAGACGGCGCAACAUCAGACUGUCCAGCAACAGGCGUCAAAUACCUCCCCAAAUCCGGCUCCAGCACCUCAUCCACUACCUCAACCACAAUCACCACCUCUACCACCACUGCUCCCGGCACUAGCCCUACAUCCGCACCCGGAACCCCUUUCUCCGGCAAGGGAACCCUCCAAGUCACCUCUGGCGGACAAGCAAACGGCUGCAUCAUCAGCGCAGGGACAUGGUACAUCGGCGGCACAUGCGCUACUUUCACCGCGACGGCCUCUGGCAGCGGCUUCACCCUGACUUCCAGCAAAGGCCUGUGCGCGGUCCAAAACGCCGAUCUUGUUUGCGCCUCCUCGGUUUCAACAGCCACUGUCUUUACGAGCUCUGCCGGUGAGCUGGCCUAUGCUGAGAACCCGGCCUUCUAUGCAAGCAGUGUCCCGUCGGGAAGCGUCCAGGCGACUGUCUCCACAGCGACCUUGGCGCAAGGGUUGACUAUUACUUGGAAGAGUUCUUAG